CCCCAGGCCGUGGUGAGGACUCAGUCCUUUCAGAGGCAUGAGCGCGAGCAACUUCCAAAGGGCAUGUCUGCUCUCACAGAAGAACCCAACAGGGAGCCGGUGGGACCCAUAUGUAGAGUAGCAACCAUUACCCCACACACCCUUACACACAGACGCAGUCGGCGUCGCCGGCUUCCGCAGUACCAACAGCUAACGCGAGCAAUUUCGCGAUUGUUAUCGCGAGAGCAAAACCAGCUGCCCGGGGCUGGGCCGAGUCAGGGACAUGUCAGUCCCACUACGCAAGCGCAAUUUUGCCAAUGUACGAGCGCAUUGGUGCGACAUCCAGACGCCAAGCGAAGGCCGACUGCAGGAGUGCGCCUGCAUUUCCUCCCCUUACUUCGGCCAAUUCUCAGUUUCAUUUCCGGUCUCCCAUUUCCGGUCCUUUCAUUUAUCCUUCCGACAGAAAAAUCGGUGGUGUGGUCAGUUGGAAUCUUCGGUUCCCGUGAAGUCGGCCUGGCCUGAGGCCGUGAAGCUCACUGGGCUGGGGCCGCGCGGCCCCAGGGCGGCGCCCUCCCUCGCACCAUGGCCCGAAACGCAGAAAAGGCCAUGACGGCCUUAGCAAGAUUUCGUCAAGCUCAGCUGGAAGAGGGAAAAGUGAAGGAACGAAGACCCUUUCUUGCCUCAGAAUGUACUGAGUUGCCCAAAGCUGAGAAGUGGAGACGACAGAUAAUUGGAGAGAUCUCUAAAAAAGUGGCUCAGAUUCAGAAUGCUGGUUUAGGUGAAUUCCGAAUUCGUGACCUGAAUGAUGAAAUUAACAAACUGCUAAGAGAGAAAGGACACUGGGAGGUCCGGAUCAAGGAGCUAGGCGGUCCUGAUUAUGGAAAAAUUGGCCCUAAAAUGCUGGAUCACGAAGGGAAAGAAGUGCCGGGAAAUCGAGGUUACAAGUACUUUGGAGCAGCAAAAGAUUUGCCUGGUGUUAGAGAGCUAUUUGAAAAAGAACCUCUUCCUCCUCCAAGAAAGACUCGUGCUGAGCUCAUGAAGGCGAUCGAUUUUGAAUACUAUGGUUAUCUAGAUGAAGACGAUGGCGUUAUUGUACCUUUGGAACAAGAAUAUGAAAAGAAACUCAGAGCUGAAUUAGUGGGAAAGUGGAAAGCAGAGCGAGAGGCCCGGCUGGCAAGAGGAGAAAAGGAGGAGCAGGAGGAAGAGGAGGAAGAGACCAACAUCUAUGCUGUUACCGAGGACGAGUCUGAUGAGGAAGGCAGCCAGGAGAAAGGAGGGGAAGACGGGCAGCAGAAGUUCAUCGCUCACGUCCCGGUGCCGUCUCAGCAGGAGAUCGAAGAGGCACUUGUUCGAAGGAAGAAGAUGGAACUCCUCCAGAAGUAUGCAAGUGAGACCCUGCAGGCCCAGAGUGAAGAGGCCAAAAGACUCCUGGGAUAUUAGGGCCAAGCUGGGACACUCCUUGGGGUCUGGAAAACUGCCGGGAGUUCUUCAUCCCCCAUUGGCACUUGCGUUAACUCACAGGGCUCUGCCACCCGGGGACUGCAGAUGGGCAGGCCUGCUCCGCGAGGCUUCCUGCUGCUUCCUACCAUUCAUUCUUCUCUUACCUUUUCUUACCUCAUCUUCCGAUCUGAGGGAAGGGUCUGCCCUGUGCCGCCCUGGCAGACUGUAUACGCACCAAACACUUCAGCCGUUGCCUUGGUACAAAUGUUUGCCUCCUGUAUGAACUCACUUAUUUUUCUCCUGAGUGUGUAAAACAGGCUGCUAACUGGCUGCCUGUCAGUGUUUUAUUUAGCCCUCUACUGUCAUUUGGUGGGCAAGGCGAUCAAUUGGUGACUACCAUUAAAAAUUUGCAGUUUUUCCUAAAAAGACAGGAUUGUAACGCCUCUUGAAAAAUCAGAAAAUUUGUCAACCCUGAGCCCACAUCCCACAUAUCAACAGCUAGCCAGAGCUGUCCCUUUUGGGCUGGGCAUCACUCCCAGUUCUCCAUGGCCCACUCAGCCUGCCUCACUCCGUCCUUCCUGAGUGGCAGGAAUUUGAGUUUGCUACUUCUGUUUUAUAACUGGUUCUGCAGAACGCUGUUUUUAUUAAAGAUUUUUAUGUGAAAGGGAAA